AUGGGCCAGGCAGGGGGCCUGUUGCAGCUGCUCUGUGUGUUACUGCUGGUCUGGCCUUUGGUACACUGUCAGGGGGACGCAGACCUCUAUCCAGGGGAGGAAGAAGAGGAGUAUUAUGGAGGGAUUGAGGAAGAUGAGAUGGAAGAGAACAAGCUCACACUGGGGACAGAGACAGAGGACAGAGUGCGCUGUCCAGAGGAGUGCAGCUGCUCUGCAGAAGGGGUGGUGGACUGUGCCGGUGUUAAUCUCGAUCAUUUCCCAAAGGAUUUGUCUAAGCACACCCGUCAGCUAUCCCUGCAGAAUAACCAAAUCACUGAGUUAAUGGCUGAGGACCUCUCCCAAGUUCAGCAGCUAGAGACUCUCAACCUGCAGAACAACCGACUCACCACACAAGGCCUUGAAGAUGAGGGGUUUGAAGUUCUGGAGCAGCUGAGUUACUUGUACUUGGCAAAUAAUAAGCUCACUGCAGCUCCGAAACAUCUACCUCCAUCUCUGGUCAGUGCAGAUUUUGCAGCCAAUCAGCUCACCAAGAUCUACCCAAACACAUUCGGUCACAAGCCUGGACUGAAGUCAGUGUACCUGCACAACAACAAGCUCACAGAUGCUGGUCUCCCUGAAAAUAUAUUCAACGGUUCUGAUAAUCUUGAAGUCCUUAUCAUGUCUAGUAACUUCCUCCGUUAUGUUCCCAACAAACUUCCCAAGGCCCUUAACCGGCUUCAUCUGAAGAAUAACAAACUGGAGAAGAUUCCAGCAGGUGCCUUUGAAAACUUGUCCAACCUCAGAGAGCUUUACCUGCAGAACAACCUUCUCAGCAACGAUGGCAUGGACAAUGAAACUUUCAGUCAUUUAAGCAGUUUGGAGUACUUGGACCUGUCAAGCAACAACCUGAGUGUUGUUCCCCGUGGACUCCCCCGCAGCCUGGUUUUGCUCCACCUAGAGAAGAACUCCAUUCGCAGUAUUCCACCUGAAGCGCUCACCCAAGCCCGCAACCUGGAGUACCUCUUACUUCACAACAACCGCCUACGGUCGCGUUCCAUCCAUCCAGCUGCCUUCCAAGGCCUAAAGAAGCUCCACACUCUGCACAUGUACAACAACCUGCUGGAACGCGUGCCUCGCGGCCUGCCCCGCCGUGCCAAGUCACUCAUGCUCCUGUACAACCUCAUCUCUGAAAUCGGUCGCAAUGACCUGAUAGCCCUGUACACCCUUACUGAGCUCAAUCUAAGCUACAACCGCCUGACCAGUUCACACGUCCACCGUGAUGCCUUCCGUAAGCUUCGGCUUCUGGAAACAUUGGACCUCUCCGGAAACAAGCUCCAGGCGCUUCCGUUCGGUUUGCCCAAGAGCUUGCAGGUGCUGAGGGUCAAGGACAACCAGUUGACUGAGAUCCCUCCUGGUUCGCUGAUGGGCAUGAAGAAACUGAGAGAAUUCUAUCUAUCCAAUAACCAGCUGAAAAUUAAUUCCAUCUACCAGGGAGCCUGGCAGGAGUUGAAUGCCCUGACGACACUCGAUCUCUCAGGAAACCUGCUGUCUCAUGUGCCCCCAGACCUCCCUGAGUCUCUGGAGUUCCUGCAUCUUCAGAACAACCGAAUCAGUACUGUUCCAGCCUCUGCCUUCGACAGCACACCCAACAUCAAAGGCAUUUUUCUAAAAUUCAACCAUCUGUCUGUACACUCGGUGAAGCCGAGCACUUUUUCCCACCUGAAAAAUCUGCAAGUGCUGGACAUUGGCCAUGCCAACCUAGCCCCCAUACACAGCACAGAGGAAGAGGUGGAAGAAGAAGAUUUGGAGAAAGAGGAAACAGCUGAAGAAGGUCUAUAG